AUGGAUCUUAACGAGCUCGAAAUGAAGAGUGUGAUAAACUCUUAUCCAGAAAUCAUCAAUGCUCUCAAAGAGAAUGUGGAUAAAUUUUCAAAAAUUUUCACUAAAAACCUUUCUGGGAAGCAAGAAACUGCCUUUCUUCAAAAUAGGAGGGACAAAGAAAAUCUUUAUAGAGAGUACCGUGUAAAUACGAACUCUCCUAAUAACAAACAUAAGAAUACUGAGAACUUUGGAGAUCGAUCUAUAGAUGAGAAUUGAGAAAGUUAUAGGUACAAGAAGCAUCUACUCGAGAGCUCAGAUGGCAGAUAUACCUGUGAUUAUGGCCAAGUAGAUUGACCAAAGCAGAACUUCCAAUAUAAAACCAACGAACAUGAUUCAGAUUAUUCUAAUUUAACUUACCGAAAGCAGACUAAAGAGGUGCUUAAAAUUCCAUUGAAUUCAAAUUUUGCCCAUUUGAAAUCAGCUUGUGUUGAAUUCACUGAAUUUGAUGCUUGUGAUCAAAGUAGCGCCUCAGAGUCUAAUCACAAGAAGAAGAUGAACGAUGAAACUUUUGAAACAUUUUAUGUUAAGAAUAAUCAGAUUUACACGCAAAUAGAUCACGAAAAGCAAUCUAAUGUUGAAAUUCUUAAAGCUGAAAUAGUCAACCAGAUAGACAAUCUCUCACAAAGUUUUAAAUAUGUGAUGCUUUAUUUGAAUCUUAAUACUUUGAGCAAUUCUUUAGCUGAUGCUUCUAAAGAAAUAAAGAAGAUGAGGUCAAAAAGUACCUUACUAAGAAACAAAAGCUGAGAUGAGCUUCAACGAUAUAAGACUUGGGACUGAACUUAUGGCCCCAAUGUAUCCUCAAGCAGCAUAUUUUCAGAUGUUGUUAGAACAAGUCCCUCUCCAAUGAGAUACAAUGAAUUAAGCGAGGAAUCAAAAUUUACCUCUAAUUUUGGAACGAAAAAUCUUUGAACUAACCCACAAAACCAAACUGCCUUAAUAAAUCCAAGUGAAAUGGAUAGUCCAUUAGUCAGGAGAACUUACCCCCCUCGAUCAAGAAGCAACUUGCUCUCUGAGAAUUGGAGAGUUAGUAGAACACAAUCUUUUACAAUAGCUAAAAAAGGUUCAAAAGAUUGAACAAAUCUAAGUCACACUACGAGCAGGCAAAACGAAAAAGCUCUUUCUGAGAUCAGCAAACUUCGAAUUAAACUCUUCAGAUCUGAAAAUGAACUUAAAGCCAAAGAAAAGGAUAUCAAGGCUCUUUCCAAUGAGAAAAUAGCUUUGAUCAAGAAAUUAAUGGAUGCUAGUAAACUAAUAGACGAGCUAUCUUCAAAGUUUCAUAGUGUUAAGAAUGAAAACAGUGAACUUUCACAGAAACUACUUGACAAGAAAACGCCAAGAAAAGACCAUAAGUUAGUUCAGGCUUGUGUACAUGGAUAUGAUAAUGAGAACAGAAGUGAAAAAGAAAAGAGCAAGUUCUCUCCUUAUCCCUCCCAGUCCCGCAAAGAGACCAGCAACAUUUUCACUGCAAUGAACUCAGAGAAUGAUGAGGUUCUGGUUGGCCCAGAUUCUCCAGUUAAACAGACGAAGAUGUUUAGAAAUGACUCGAUGAAGUUCAACAUCCAGAAUUGUCAGGCAAACGACGACCGACAAGAGAGUAGAUGAAAGUCAUAUGAGAUUAACAACACCAACAUUUUUAAGACAGAAGUUGAGGCGUCCCAAAUCCAUACUCAUUCUGCUUCAUUAAAGUCAUUUGAAGACAUCAUCAAGAAUCAGAAAUAAGGACAUUGACUACUUCAGAGACUUGACUAAAAACUUGCUGUACAAGAACAUUUGUAGGAUCAAAGAUGCAAGAGAAGCUAUUGGAGUUAUUCUCGACUUCUUGCAGAACAUGGAUAGAAUGAAUCUGAAACAGCUGUCCGAUUACAUCUCAAAGUUUUAUAACAGUGCUUUCGGAAAUAACUACAAAUAUUUUAUGAACAAAUUAAACUAUCUGAAAGUAGAAAUUGAAGAGAUUAAGAAUCUUAAUAACCAGAAAAUAUGAUAAUUACACAUUUCAACUUCUAAGAAAGGAAUAGGG